ACGCAGAGAGAACUACAUGGAGGAGGCGGGGUGUAGGGCGAGGAAUGUACGCGACUAGCAGUGGCGAAGGCUGCUAUAUCGGCAGCAUGAAGCGGACCCCGACAGCCGAGGAACGAGAGCGCGAAGCUAAGAAACUGAGGCUUCUUGAAGAGCUUGAAGACACUUGGCUUCCUUAUCUGACCCCCAAAGAUGAUGAAUUCUAUCAGCAGUGGCAGCUGAAAUAUCCUAAACUAAUUCUCCGAGAAGCCGCCAGCGUCCCCGAGGAGCUCCAUAAAGAGGUUCAAGAAGCCUUUCUCACGCUGCACAAGCACGGCUGCUUAUUUCGGGACCUGGUGAGGAUCCAAGGCAAAGAUUUGCUCACUCCAGUCUCUCGCAUCCUCAUUGGUAACCCCGGCUGCACCUACAAGUACCUGAACACCAGGCUCUUUACGGUGCCCUGGCCAGUGAAAGGCUCUGAUGCAAAGUACCACGAGGCCGAAGUAGCUGCCGCCUGUCAAACCUUCCUCAAGCUCAACGACUACCUGCAGGUAGAGACCAUCCAGGCUUUGGAAGAACUUGCUGCUAAGGAGAGAGCCAAUAUCGAUGCCGUGCCAGUGUGUAUAGGUCCGGAUUUCCCCAGGGUUGGCAUGGGGUCAUCCUUUGACGGACAAGAUGAGAUAGACAUGAAGAACCGAGCAGCCUACAACGUAACUUUGUUGAAUUUCAUGGAUCCCCGGAAAAUGCCAUACCUGAAAGAGGAACCGUAUUUUGGCAUGGGGAAAAUGGCCGUGAGCUGGCAUCACGAUGAAAAUCUGGUGGACAGGUCAGCGGUGGCAGUGUACAGUUAUAGCUGUGAAGGCCCUGACGAGGAAAGUGAGGAUGACCCUCAACUCGAAGGCAGAGAUCCUGAUAUUUGGCACGUUGGUUUUAAGAUCUCAUGGGACAUAGAGACACCUGGUUUGGCGAUACCCCUUCACCAAGGAGACUGCUAUUUUAUGCUUGAUGAUCUCAAUGCCACCCACCAACACUGUGUUUUGGCUGGUUUACCACCUCGAUUUAGUUCCACCCACCGAGUGGCAGAGUGCUCGACGGGGACCUUGGAUUACAUCUUACAGCGCUGCCAGUCGGCCCUGCAGAAUAUCCGCGAUGAGGCGGACAAUGGUGAAGUCUCUUUGAAAUCCUUGGAGCCAGUGGUUUUGAAACACGGAGAAGAAAUCCACAACGAGGUCGAGUUUGAGUGGCUGAGACAGUUUUGGUUUCAAGGCAAUCGAUACAAAAGGUGCACCGAUUGGUGGUGUCAACCUAUGACUCAGCUGGAAGAGCUGUGGAAGAAGAUGGAAGGCCUGACAAAUGCUGUGCUUCGGGAAGUUAGAAGAGAGGGGACCCCUGUAGAACAAAGGAAUGAGAUCUUGACGGCCAUCCUCGCCACACUCACCGCUCGCCAGAACCUGAGGAGGGAAUGGCACGCCAGGUGCCAGUCCCGAAUUGCCCGAACUCUACCCGCGGAUCAGAAGCCAGAAUGCCGGCCGUAUUGGGAAAAGGAUGAUCCUUCAAUGCCUCUGCCGUUUGAUCUCACAGAUAUCAUUUCCGAACUCAGGAGUUUGCUUUUGGAAGCCAAACCCUAGAGAAAGGGCACAAGUCUUAGGUGGAGGAACAAAGGCUGUUUCUGACUUCUCUCCUCCAACCUUGUCAUGGGCUUAGGCAAGGGGAUUAUGGGUAGACUGGGCCUUGGGAUUGUAGACCCUGGGUCCCAGUUGGAAACAGCUAGGGAAUGGAGCCCAUGAAUAUUAAAAUGUUUAAAAGUGACACAGUGUUAUAGUGAUUUGGUAUUAAACAAGAACCUCCAACCCCCAAAGCUAUUCCCCACUUGGAUUUUUAAUGUGAGCCAUUCCACUCCCGAGGCCUGGGAAGCGACCAAGGUGAGCCUGGCCUGUGGCAAAACCUAACCUACUUUCCUCCUUCCCAAACCUUUGCAGAGACUCUGCAAGGGGAUGACUCUCAGGUCAUCUAGGGGAAGACCGAAUUUAGAGACAUUUAGCCCAUUUUCUCACCACACCCUUUAGAGGCUAUGCUGUUCGGUAUGGUAGCCACUAGGUAGAUGGGACUUCUUAAAUUUAAAUUCUAUUUUAAUUGUAAUUAAAAAUUCAGUUCCUCAGUUGCACGAGCCACAUUUCAAGUGCUUAGUAGCCAUGUGUGGCUAGUGACUGCUGUAUUGGACACAGAACAUUUUCAUCAUUGUAGAAAGCCCUCCCAGACAGCACGUCUAUCAAAAGUUUGAGAGCAGGAGAUUCUGUUUUCCCGUUCUCUGUAGCUGCUCUCCCCACAGGCAAAAUAAAUUAAAAGAGAAAUGCCUCGUUGAAGAAUAGCCUCUUUCCCUUCUCUAGGGCAACCUGGGUUAUGAGCCCUGUACUCUGCACAUAAGAAUGGAGCAGUGUUGAAGAUUAAAAUAAAGUUGACAUCCUGUCUUUAGGAAGUUUUCCUGAUCUAAUGAAAGAGACAAAAUCCUAUUUACAUUGCUUCCUGAUUUUAGCCAGCAUACUACAUUUCUUUUUAUAAUUCCCCCAUUCGCACAUAACGAUGGGUAGAAUUGAGGCUUGAAGAACCCUAGUGCCCAUCCUGAUGAUGUUGGAGCACCAGAGAGACGAUGAAGAGGUUAAAACUUGGGCUUUGGUUUUCGAGUGCCUGGAUCUAAAUGCCCAGUAGCUUGCGACUUUUGGUGUGUUACUGUGCCUUGGUUUUCUCAUCUGUAUAAUGGGGAUACUAUAGGCACCAACUCAUAAGGUGAAGAUGAAAUGAAAUAACUUAGCUGCAGACUUAGAACAAUUUCUGACACAUAGUUAAAUACCCAGUAAAUAUUAGUAGUAUUAUAUGUCAGUAAGUGACCUGCUGUAGGCAUUUUCCCCUCCCUUCCUCAAUCUUGGUGCCAGUUUUGUCUUGUGAUGCCAUGAACCCACCUCUCCCUUUUAGGCCUGGCUCCCACCCUUUGGUGACCCUGGAAAUCAUGAGAAUAGUUAGCCCCUCUCCCCAGCCUGUCACCUUCUUUGUAGUUGUUUGCAGUAGUUGGGAAGCUGAGGUGCUUUUUUGCCCAUUGAGAGGUGCGCUGAGAACCAGGCUCUCUCCCGCCAGCAGAAUCUCACUGGUUCAAGGUAUGGGCUCAUUCACAGGGAGUUAACCCCAGGGAGUUCACGUCACACAAAGCAGGCAGGGUUUCCUCAUCUUGAGACUCUUAGUAGACAUUGGAUGAAUUCCCUGAUGUCUUUAAGCCUCAGUCUCCCCGUCAGUAAACGAUGAAGCGCUGCCUCUCAGGGUUGUGGGAGAGAUUAAAUGAAAUCACGUAGGUAAGGAGUGCAGGGCACGCAGAAGUCACCGACGGGGCGGCCUCGGGACCAUCUAGCCUAGUGUUUUCACCUCCCCCCCCCGCCCAGUGUCUGUUCCUUGUCACUAGGUGCCAGUAUUUAAAAAUUGGGAGAUUUCAUGUAAACUAAAAAUGUGUGCAUCCUCUUCAGAAUUCAGAGCAUCUGGCAGCCCUAGGCCUCCAUCCUGGCAUGGCAAAGAGCUAGGUAGCAUCCCCUCAGGCAGGGCGUGAACCCUCUGUGGCCCCCGUUGCUCCCAGUUACCAUUUAUUGUGAACCUGACUGGCGUUACGCCUUCGUGUCAGCACCCUCCAAACCUGCUUGCUUGCAUCCCUAGAGUAGAAAUGAAUAAUAAUGUUGAGUGCUUACCCCAAUAUAUGUGUAUUACCAUCGAGCUAUAUUUGUGGACUGCUUGUACUAAUAGGUCAUGUACAUCAUAAAACAUGCAUAAACAAUAAAAAUACCGAA